UUCCUCUCCCUCCUCUUCAUCUAAAAAACAUAUCCUUCAUCUCUCUCAUCUAAUCUCCAUCUCUCUGUUUUAGAUAGCAAGAUCAGAUCAAAGAUGACUAGAGUUACCACAGAGCUCGACUUCUUCGGUCUUGAAAAGAAGCAGACCAACAACGUUCCAAAGCCUACGUUCAAAAAGUUUCUCGACCGCCGUCGCAGUUUCCGUGAUAUUCAAGGUGCCAUUUCUAAGAUGGACCCGGAGAUUAUCAAAUCGUUAUUAGCUUCUGGUUCUAACCAUGCAGAUCAUCCUCAGAUCCCUAUUUCUCCGGUCCAAAAACCUCUCACAAUGCCUACGGAACCUGUCUCUGGAACUGUUCCCAUGACCAUCUUCUACAAUGGAACCGUCUCCGUUUACCAAGUGUCUCCUGACAAGGCUGAUAGAAUUCUGAAGGUUGUCAUGGAAACAGCGCCGAAGAAAGACAAGUCGAUGGUGAAAGAUCAUUCGGUAAUUCCCCCGACCACCCUAGGGACAAAGCUCUUUGGCCAGAAUCUAGAAGGAGAUCUUCCCAUCCAAAGGACAAAGUCACUACAAAGGUUUCUUGAGAAGCGCAAGGAGAGAUUAGUAUCAGCAUCUCCUUACUUCCCGACAUCAGCCUAAAACGAAACUCUUAUCUCUUUGUUAACUGGGACUUUGAAAAGAAAGAAUCAUCUCACAUUCCACGACACCAAUGUUUAUUUCGCGCUGGGGCUACUCUCUAAUCUCUUGGGAUCACGACACGCUUUAGGAUUAUUAAGUUACUUUGUAAGAAUAUACAAUAUGUUUAAUUUCUUAAAUGUUUAUUCCCUCUAGUGGCAUUGACCUUUUGCGCUAUACUUGUUGUACUUCUAGUAUCUGGAA